AGCUCACAUUGCAUUGCUACGUGGAACGGAAGUACUUGCUAAUUUGCGUCAAAACAAGACGGGAUUGCCUCCCCGGUAGCGAACCGAAUUUUCGGUAGUUCGCAUUACCGUGUGCAAUGUAGCGAUACGCGUUGUUGACGGAGUGUUUUGGGGACCAUGAAGCAGUCGUCUCCCAUACGAUACUGAGGCCUGGUCGAGAGUCGCCGCUGGCUUACGCGCAGGCCAGGAUGAGCUGGUUUAACGCCUCUCAGCUGUCAAGCUUUGCGAAGCAGGCUUUGAGCACAGCCCAGAAGUCCAUCGACAGAGUUUUGGACAUCAAAGAGGAGGAUCAGUGGGGGGAUGUCGCCCCUUCAGCUUAUGCAGAUUUGCCUGGGAAGUCCAUUUUGACCAGUGGAGGUGGUGGCUGGGCCAUCGCUCAGUGGACGUCCACAGAAGACUUUAUUCCGCCUGGCACUGGAUCCAAUGAUGCAAUCACUACGCCAGUCACGCGGAUGAUUGUGGAUGAAAGCGAAAGUUUUUUUAGUGCAUUUUUACCUCCUUCUGAACUUCAAGGCUUGCGAAAGAGCCAAGUGGUUUCUGUGGCCCCUACGAAGUCUGACGGUUUGAAACAAAAAGAAGACCAGUUACACUCGGUGGCCCCUAAGCCCCUUAGUGUUUCGCAGUCAAAGAGCGUGCAUUUAAAGGUUAAAGAUAAUUCUGCAGCUCAGCCCAUAAACAAUAAGACAAACAAAACUACACUGUCCACAUCCUCAAAAGAGGAGCCCAAUGUUAGCCUUGAGAACUCCCUGCUCCACCGCACUUUAAAAGACACCAACACGGAGCAAGCUGCAUACACUGCUGUCAUCUCUACUGAGCCCACAUCUGAAAGUGAAGUGCCUGAUGGAAGUACAACCAGUACUCCUGCUGUGCCUGCCGUCAAGAGCGAUGGCAGCACUGGAUCUGCCACCAGUCCGCCCGACAGCCCUUCUAAACCUCUAACAAACACGUCUAAAUACAUGGCGCUGGACUCCAAGGAUCCCAAAUCGGAAGACCGGCAAAGCAAUACGCCUUCACCUCCAGUGAGCAAUUUCUCUUCGGGGACGUCAACCACUAGUGACAUUGAGGUCCUGGAUCAUGAAAGUGUCUUGAGUGAGAGCUCGGCCAGCUCCAGACAGGAGGCCACAGACUCCAAAGCCAGUUUGCACCUGAUGCAGACUUCCUUUCAGCUUUUGUCAGCUUCAGCCUGCCCUGACUUCCAGCGUUUAGAGGACUACCAGAAGCUCACAGAAAGCUGUAGCUCAUCGGAUGCUUUUGAGCGGAUUGACUCGUUCAGCGUGCAGUCUAUGGACAGCCGGAGCGUCAGUGAAAUCAACUCUGACGAUGAAAUGUCGGGCCGCGCCUGCACCUUGGCUUCUGUCACUAAUGGCUCUCUGGCAACUGCCGGCUCAACCUUACCUCUAGAGGAAGAAAAGCAUCAGGAGGAGCUGAAUGACUCUGCAAAAGACAAGACAAUGGAUGAAAAUGAAAUGGAAGAGAGUGGUCGGAGCGCAACUCCUGUCAACUCUGACCAGCCUGAAGAACUGCUGGAAUCCCAAGAGGCAGAGUCCUGCCAGCUAGUAUACGCACCAUCGGAGGACACGGGGGCACCUGAGCGCCAUCUGGUGUUAUCAGAGAGUCUGGCGUCUUCCACCAGUGAGAAACCGGAUCUGCAGAAGGUGAUCGAUGACCUCAAAGAAAGGCUUGAAAAGCGGGAAGCGCAACUGUUAGCUGUAAGUAAAGACAAGGCGAGGCUUGAAGAAGAGUGUGACAACCUCAAAGACGAGUUGGUAAAUCUGAAGGAAGAGGGCUCCAGUGUUGACUCUCUGAGAGGGGAGUGCACACAGAGGAUCGCAGAUGCAGAGAAGAAGGCACAAAUGGCUUGCAAAGAGCGAGAUGCUAUGAAGAAGGAGCUGAAAGUUGUUAAAGAAGACCUGUCAACAAGACUCAACUCCAGAGAGACUACUGAAAUGGUCAAAGAGAAGGAAGAACAGAUCAGAGGCCUGCUGGAAGAAGGUGAAAAGCUUUCCAAGCAGCAGCUUCACAACUCCAAUAUUAUAAAGAAGUUGAGAGCAAAAGAAAAGGAAAAUGAAACCCUGAUCUUGAAGCAGAGCAAAAAGGUGAAGGAUUUAGAAGACGAGCUGAAUCAUUUGCAGCAGGUUCUGGAGUGCAAAGAGGAAGUGGAGAAGCAGCACAGAGAAAAUAUAAAGAAGUUAAACAGCAUGGUGGAAAGACAGGAGAAGGAAGUAAACCGACUGCAGGCAGACUUGGAGGAACUGAUGGAGAACAACCGCAGUCUUCAGGCGGCUCUGGACAACUCUUACAAGCAACUGGCAGAACUGCACAGAGCUAACGCAACGAAGGACAGCGAAGCACAGGAGGCGGCGCUGAGCCGAGAGGUUCAAGCCAAGGAGCAGCUGAGCCUCGCUCUGGAAAGGGCCCAGGAAGAAGCCAGACAGCAGCAGGAAGCACUCGCCAUCCAGGUCGCAGACCUAAGAGUCGCACUGCAGAGAGCAGAGCAGCAGCAGGCCAGGAAGGAGGAUUUCCUUCGAGAAGAGAUUAAGGAAUUGCAGCAGAGACUGCAAGGAGCUGAAACCCGCAAUGAGGAACUGAGUCAAAGUGUCACUUCAGCAACAAGGCCUUUACUCCGACAGAUUGAAAACCUUCAGGCAACACUUGGAGCGCAGACUUCAUCUUGGGAAAAGCUGGAGAAGAACCUGUCUGAUAGGCUCGCCGAUGCUCAGGCCCAACUUGCCGCAGCCCUGGAGAAGGAGCGCGCCGCCACAGAAGAUCUGGUUGGACUCAAAGUCCAGUUGGCUUCCACAGACUCGCAGAACAGCGUCUUGCGCCAGGAGAAGGGCCGCUUGACGGCUCAGUUGGAGUCUGAGAAGGCCAGACGCGAGCGGCUCGAAGAUGAAAGUGGAAGGGAACAUACUGAGCUAGAAAACCUAAAGGCUGAAUUCACAAGAUCCCUCGAGGAGUCAAAAAAAGAAAAGAUGCUUUUAACGAGCCAGCUAGAAAUGGAAAAGGUAAAAGUUGAACAAGAAAAGAAGAAGUUGUAUCUCGCCCAAGAAGCUUUUAAGGAAAAAGAUAGAAAAAUUCUGAGUCACCCAUCCCUGGAAGUAACUGCCUCGCCGACCCCCUCGUUAUCACGGUCGAGUUCUGUUAGCGGCUCUGAGAUGGCGGGUCUGCAGGCAUCGUUUUCACAGGACGAUGCUCUUGAGCACUCGUUUGGAUCGAUGACCAUGUCCGUCAGUGGAAGUAACCUUUAUGACGCAGUGCGACUUGGAGCGGGGUCGAGCUUUCUGGAAAAUCUGCAGUCUCAGUUAAAGCUGCGAGAAGGCGAGAUUGUACAGCUGCAGUUGGAGAUUUCCAACCUUGAAAAAACACGAUCAGUAAUGGCGGAGGAAUUGGUGAAGCUCACAAACCAGAAUGAUGAACUUGAAGAAAAAGUAAAGGAGAUCCCAAAACUGCGUUCUCAGCUCCGGGAUUUAGAUCAGAGGUAUAACACCAUUUUGCAGAUGUAUGGGGAGAAGGCAGAAGAGGCAGAGGAGCUUCGGCUUGACUUGGAGGAUGUGAAGGUCAUGUACAAGUCCCAGAUUGAUGAGCUGCUCAAAAACAAAAAGUGACCUGUGGCCAUUCCACUUUCCAGGAGUCGUUUCCUACCCUUCUACUGGGAAUCCACUGCCUCCAAGGACCUCCGACAACCUGACCAGUAUGGCGACCCCCCCUGCAGAAGGCAGCCAGCCCGGUGCUCUGGGUGCAGGGCCAGUAACUGACUUCUCCAUUGGCAGAGGAGUGCUGCCAGAGACAGAACAGUAAGACAUGCAUGGCACACGCAUCCUUUGUGGUCUGGACCGAGGACGGACCCCCGCCCCCCCCCCCCCCCCCUUACUCUACUGCACUCUAAAUCUUUGGGCCCUGAGGUCGACCCUGGCACCCCAUGACUUUCCUGUCACAGUCCCACUUGGCUGUGAGCUCACCAAUCAUGCCAGACCCGAGCGUAUGGGCAGCAGAGGGGUUAGGUGGCACAAGGGUCCCCUCCUGCCACUCUUCCAUUUCAGUGCAGGCUGCUGCAGCGAUGCACACGAGAAGUUUGAAAUUGGUGGUCUUGAAUUGACAUCCCAGCAUCUCGACUCCUAACUCCCGGGAGUACAAAUGGAUCAUUCACAUCUGAAACUACCCAGCAGACCCCCGGUGGGCUGCAGGUACCCGCCUCUCGAGGAGCGCUUUCAGACUUAGGAAGACCCCCCGAGUUUGUCUCCAGAGCACCUUGAUUUGUAACACGUGGUCUAAAGUGGCAGGCCGUGUAUUUUAGCACAUUCUUCGUUACGUUAGCAGAUGUGUAGGAUAAUUAAUUUGUUGUAAAUGAAUGUAAAUAUAAUCUCAAGAAAUGACAUAGCGUUAAUAAAUCUUCUAAAUUAUG